GCGCAACGCCUUCUUGCGUGAUGCCCAAGACAUUUGGCAAGCACCUCCAGAUCGACCCACUCUCGGAAGCGUUCACAUCGUUCCGCUUUUAGUCAGGGUCUUCUCUAUCAGGCCUAAAGGUUGGGUCACGACGUCAUUAAAGCCCUGAUAUCCCGUCUUUUUACUAGAGAACGAGUCGCCCUGCGCGCGUGGGCUUGCUGAGGCCCCGUAAUCGACGAUGCUCGCUCCUCUUUCUUUGCGCCCCAAAAUGCAUCCAGCCAAGCGUGCUUAUUCCCACGCGUCCAACAUUCCUCCAGUCCUUGCCACGGAGCUUCCUCCGUCUUUGUGUCUACAGCAACCGUUAUCAACAUCACCACCAUGACAGGGGCUACAACGACCAGCACCACUGCCAAGACCGGCUCCUCGAUACAGCUCACGCAUCGCGAUGAUCGCACCUUCCUCAUGGCUGUGGUACAGUCUCUGGUACGACUAAUGCGCGUUCGCAUCAGCAACCGUCAAGCCGACCACGAGGGCGGCUCAAUCCGACUCAAGCCCAGCAAAUCGAACCUCUCCCAGUGUACCCUCCACGAACGAACCGUAUGCGACAUACACAUAUACGAUGUCGUACCACCCAACAAGGCAGAGAAGAGCUCGAAGAAGCGGAUAUACUACUUCGCUGGUGGUAGUUGGCAGGAACCGCCUUCUCCACAGCAUUACAAGAUAUGCGCGAAGCUAGCCAAAGAAAUGUUUGACACAUCCAUAUCGAUUGUGUCGACACCUCUUGCCCCCAACGACCCCGCGCACAAGUCUUUCCCUGUAUGCCAAAAAACCUACCGGGCUUUGAUGGCCGAAGCGGAAGAGGCUGGAGAAAAAGUUAUACUGGCGGGCGACUCCUCGGGAGCAAACAUCGCUUUGUGUCUGGUACUGGAGGCCCUGCGGGAGGAUAGCGAGAACGAAGGAGUAGAGAUCAAGCAGCUUCCACACCCCGUCGCCAUAAUGAACGUAUGCCCAUCGACCGAUUUAACUCGCCAAAACUCCGAUAUCGAUAAAGUGGCACCUCGAGACCCUCUCCUCACACCCAAGAUCAUCAGGGCGACAGCGAAAGCAUGGCAAGGGGACUGGGAUGCCGCCGAUCGCCGCAUUUCGCCCAUCAACGGCGACAUCUCACUACUUGCCAAGAAGGGCAUCAAGGUGCACGGAAUAACUGCUGGAUACGAUGUGCUGAGCCCAGACGGCGUCAUUUUCCGCAAGAAGUGCGAGGAACACGGUGUCAUAGGCGAGUGGGUUCAUUGGGAGAAGCAAAUGCACUGCUUCGUUCUGACCAUGCCGUACGGGCUGGUCGAAGCAAAGGACGCCUGUCAGUGGAUCGUUGAUGUCCUGAAGAAGGAAUGAGUUGGGUGCCGAAGUCUUGUGUCCGAGUAAGAGAUACCCUUGCUUUCUAUGCGCGCAUAAUCUGGUUAGGUAUAAUAAUAUUACAGC